GAAGAGAGUGUAUCUGAAAGUCGAAGCUUUUGACUUCAGAAACGUUUGGAGACGGAAAAUGAUGGCAUUCUUUUUUGAGUUUAUUUUAAACAAACGUGUAGUUUUUAAACUACACAACCAAUGGCUAUAUAAUGUUUUUGUAAUGGGUUAUUUUUAAUUCGAAAUAGGUUCUCCAGAACAUCGUAUAACUUCUAUACUGGAAAUUCAGAGACCAUAAAAGAUUAAAAAUGAACAGUGGACUGCAACUGAACUUCACUUUUACAGAUGAUGAAAACUGGACUUUGCCCAAUGUAACUGAGGAGUAUGUCGUGUUUCGGAGCAACAUCACAUAUGUUGGAUUUUACUUGCACCAGCCUUCAGUAGCUGCUAUCUUCAUAGUGUCUUACCUGCUUAUAUUUUUGGUCUGUAUGGUUGGCAAUGGAGUGGUGUGCUUUAUUGUCUUAAGGAGCAAGAACAUGCGCACUGUCACCAAUCUGUUUAUCCUCAACCUUGCUGUCAGUGACCUCCUCGUUGGGAUUUUUUGCAUGCCAACAACUCUUCUUGACAACAUCAUUACAGGCUGGCCGUUUGGAAGCAUGGUUUGCAAAAUGAGUGGAAUGGUCCAGGGCAUAUCCGUCUCCGCCUCUGUUUUUACCCUGGUUGCUAUUGCAGUUGACAGAUUCAGAUGCAUUGUUUAUCCCUUCAAGCAAAAGCUGACAAUAUCAACGGCCACACUUAUAAUUGCAAUUAUCUGGAUCCUGGCUAUAUCAAUCAUGUGCCCCUCUGGAGUCAUGCUUCAAGUGACCAAAGAGCAAAGCAUUCGUGUGUUUCUUGGAAGUGGCAACAGGACAAGUCCUUUCUAUUGGUGUCGGGAGAACUGGCCCAAUCAGGAAAUGCGAAAGAUAUACACCACUGUUCUAUUUGCCAACAUAUAUUUGGCCCCUCUCUCCCUCAUAGUAGUCAUGUAUGCAAGGAUUGGGAUCACUCUGUUCAAAACUGCCGUGCCAACAGGGGGGAAACGUGGCCAUGACAACCGUCACAGUGUAUCCAAGAAGAAGCAGAGAGUCAUCAAAAUGCUCCUGAUCGUGGCCUUGCUCUUUAUCCUGUCUUGGCUGCCUUUGUGGACAUUGAUGAUGCUCACAGAUUACGCUAGACUCACUGAGCACCAGUACAGGCUUAUUAACAUCUAUAUCUAUCCUUUCGCCCACUGGCUGGCAUUCUUCAACAGCAGCGUCAAUCCAAUUAUUUAUGGGUUCUUCAAUGAGAAUUUCCGCCGUGGAUUCCAGGCCAUUUUUAAGUUCUGGCCAUGCGUGGCUGGAGGGCACAGGCGAAAGACCUAUUCACACAGGGUGCAGGGUAACUCUGUGCUGCCAGCUCUGCAGCCUUCUACAGAGCCUAUUUCUCUUAACAGUGUGGACAACAGCUCAAGGAGGGUCAAUCACGUCAAUGAGCAAGACUUGGUCAUGGAGGACCUGGAAAAAGUAUCAGAAAGCAGUGCUGAAGGGGCUUCUCUCUAAACAGAUGGUUAAUGGAAUUAAGGCAGCCCAUCUGUCACUUUGUGGCAGCCAAAUAGUGUUAUAUG